GGCAUUGCGCUGUGUAUAACGCAUCAGAGAAUCCCAUCCACAUGAGCAGAGAGUUGUGAAAGCUGUUGAAGAGGAGCGAAAAUCCGGAACCAGGACGAGCUGUAGUGAUACCGGAGGUUUGGUAUCUGUCUCACACAUCCCGAGCCGGUAACGUCCGGAUCCCGGUAUUAGCGCUCAGGUUGAAUGAUGGUGUCAUUACAUCGAGAAACUGUGUAUAACAGUCUUUCAUAAGAACAGCUCCCACGUGCUUCAUUCAAACAGCGGGACACAGUGACAGAGGAGCUCCAUGACCCUGACAGCCCCAGGUAUCUUUACAUCAGCCUGGUUUCUCACUGUGUGUGUGUUUAGAGGAUGGCAGCAAAGAGCAGGUAUGUGCUGCAGAGAGUGCUGAGAGGACUCAGAGCUCACACUGUGUGGUACCAGAGCUCAGCAUUGACCUCAAGUCAAGGACGCCUGCUGUGGAAACCUCAAGUCAGACACCUGAGCAGCUCAUACACACUCUGCCAGUCUGCUUCUCCAGCCUCAGGUCCCAGCAGUCUGUCAUUCAGGAGUCACACCUGUGGAGAACUGAGAUCAGAUCAUGUGGGAGAGAGAGUCACUCUGUGUGGCUGGGUCCAGUAUCUCAGGCAGGACCUGUUUGUCAUCCUGCGAGAUUUCAGUGGCUUGACACAAAUUCUAAUCCCUCAGGAAGAGUCUGCGCAUGAUUUGAAAGCAGUCCUGUGCGAUCUCACAACUGAGUCUGUCAUAAAGGUCACAGGAACAGUCAGACGACGACCAGCAGGGCAGGAGAACAAGGGCAUGUCAACAGGAGAAAUAGAAGUCCUGGCUGAGAGUGUGGAGGUUUUCAACAUGUGCCGGAAGUUGCCUUUUGAAAUUAAAGACUUUGUAAAAAAAUCAGAGUCUUUGCGGAUGCAGUAUCGCUACCUGGACCUGAGGUCCUCUCAGAUGCAGAGGAACCUCAGACUGAGGUCUCAGCUGGUGAUGAAGAUGAGAGAAUACCUCUGUAAUGUGCAUGGUUUUGUCGAUGUGGAGACUCCUACCUUGUUUAAAAGAACACCGGGGGGAGCCAAAGAGUUUGUGGUCCCGUCGAGAGAGCCGGGUCGGUUUUACUCUCUGCCCCAGAGUCCACAGCAGUUCAAACAGCUUCUGAUGGUGGCUGGUGUAGACAGGUACUUCCAGAUGGCUCGGUGCUACAGAGAUGAAGGCUCCAAACCAGACCGACAGCCUGAGUUCACCCAGGUAGACAUAGAAAUGUCUUUUGUGGACCAGGCUGGUAUCAUGUCCCUGGUGGAGGGUUUGUUGCAGUACUCCUGGCCCACAGAGAAAGGUCCCAUUAAGGUGCCUUUCCAAACCAUGACAUAUGAAGAGGCCAUGAGGGACUACGGUGUGGACAAGCCUGAUACCAGAUUCAGUAUGAAGCUGAUCGAUCUCAGUCAGGUUUUCUUAUCCACGGAAAUUGAAUUCCUAAGAUCAGCUCUCAACCAACCAGAAGGCUCCGUUCAGGCCAUCUGUGUCCCCAGUGGAGCGAAACUAUUUUCAGGGAAACAUUUGGAAGAACUGAAACAAACAGUUAAGACUCAGUUUGGCCAGGAGCUCAGCAUGGUGCUGGUCAGAGCAGACGGGACAUUGAAAUCUCCCUUGAAGAAGCUGCUCUCUGUCUCAGCCACAGAGGAGCUGCUGCAGAGGACUGGAGCCAAACCAGGAGACCUGCUGCUGAUGGCAGCUGGUUCCCUCCACACUGUGCGCCCGUUGCUGGGUAAUCUUCGCCUGCAGUGUGCAGAGCUCCUGGAGUCUUAUGGCGUGUCAAUCCGUGACCCCUCAGUCUUCCACUUCCUGUGGGUUGUAGACUUCCCUCUAUUCUUGCCCAAAGAAGACGAGCCAGAGAAGCUGGAGUCAGCCCAUCAUCCAUUUACUGCUCCACUGCCAGAGGACACACAGUUACUCUACACAGAGCCACAGAAGGUGCGUGGUCAGCACUAUGACCUGGUGUUGAACGGCUGUGAGAUUGGAGGAGGCUCCAUCCGCAUCCACAAGGCCUCAGAACAGCUUCAUGUCCUGAAAAGUAUCCUUAAGGAAGACCCCAGUCUUCUCUCUCAUCUGCUGGAGGCCCUGGACUCAGGAGCACCACCACAUGGAGGCAUUGCUCUGGGUUUGGACCGGCUGGUCUCCAUUAUGGUUGGGGCUCCCAGCAUCCGUGACGUCAUUGCCUUCCCUAAGUCAUUCCGAGGCCACGACCUCAUGAGCUGUGCUCCUGACUUAGUACCUGAGGAGGAGCUGAAGUCUUACCACAUCUCUGUCAAAUGGCCCACAGAGCAAGGAAGAGGAAGAGGAGAGGAAGAGGGGAAGUGAGGAGGCAAAGAAGGAAGAGAUGAAGAGACAUCAGAAGAGGGGGUGAUGCCAGAUCUUGGUAACCUAUACAACAGAGGAAAUGGCGUAAGGACACAGCAACAGAGAUGAGCAGACAGCCAGCAGGUGGUGUAGAGACUGUAGCCUGUGAAGACCUCUGCCAGCUGGCUGGCAAAUAUGAGGAGGAAGAGAGAAAAUGAGGAGGAGGUGAUGCUGUGGCUGCAUCUCAGUACUGUUAUUUUGGAAUGGAAGAGAAAAGGGGAAUAGAUAAGCCACACAUAAGCAUGCAUUAUGGAAAUCUGAAACAUCGACUGGUUCAGCAAAGAAGAAAAGCUCAGCACCAAGUCUCAAUGAUAACAAAUGGCUGAAGUCAAAUUUUAUACUGUAUAGAUACUGAACCUGUUAUGAUGGUGGUUUUGUCUCAUACGAAUGCCUUAUAAAAUCACUCUCAAAUAACAAAAAUAAAAUAUUUCUUUGAAAUACAUUUUUCUAUCAAUGAUUAACAAUUUCCUCAAAUCAAAAUUAGUAAUAUUUUAAGGACCUAUAGCUCUACUGACUGUAAAGAGCUGCUUAUUUUGUAUUAGUUUAUGUCACAUGAUGGUCCAAAUGUUGUUUUAGACCUUGCUCCAUCUUGAUGAUAAUAAAACCAAACCUGUAAUUGUAAAAUA